AUGAGAACUUCACACGGAGAGACAUAUAAAAAAUGUACCUCUACUCUCCUGAAACUGAUUUUAGUUGCUACUGUCAUCGUAAUAUUUAUUAUCACAAUUAGUAUUCAAUGGAAUACACAAAUUGUAUUCGGCGUUUACACGAAGUCAGUUCCAACGAAUGUUACUCCGUGUGCGUAUUUAGCAUGUUCGCAUUCUUCAAAUUGUACAACACGAAAUAAAACAUGUUGUGCUUAUGUUCUCAAACGUUCACUUGACUUUCUGGAUGCAUUUUUUCGGCGCCAUAAUCUACCAUAUGUGAUUAUCUACGGAUCACUUCUUGGCGCUGUACGAAAUCAAACUAUCAUUCCAUGGACGCGCGAUAUCGAUAUUGGUUUCUUUAAUUGGACAUAUUUACGUAGUACAAGCAUCCAGAAUGAAUUGUAUCAACACGGAUUCUAUCUAUUUCAUACUCUCGAUCUAACACGUAUAUGUGUACAUAAAGAUACCUUGGAUAAAUCACUCCUCUUAACGCAGAAUGUUAAACAACCGCCACCAACUCAAAUCUUCCAUUUGCAUGCUUAUAUUGAUCUUUACUUAGCAACGAACUCAGUUAAUCUAACAAGAAAUAGUUCAAUUUAUUCAAUUGAGUUUAGUGGUAAAUUCCUAUCGCAUAUUUCAUUCAAAACGAACGUUACAAUUGAUAAUCAAACAUAUCCUACUGUUGAUAAUGUUCAGGAACAUUUAGUUCAUUUCUAUAAAAAAGAUUACAUGCGUGAUGUGAUACCACGUCGACCUUGA